AUGAAGAUGAUCCUGGUCCUGGUCCUCUCCUGUGUCCUCGGUGUCUCAGCUGAUGGUGAGUUUGUGACUCAUUUUACAAUAAAAGAUACACACACACACACACACACACAGACACACACACACACACACACACACACACACACACACACACACUAACAGGUUCUCUGUUUUCUCCUCAGACCUUCAUGAAGAGAUUGUUGUCACUGGUUGUACUCAGACCUUUGCUGAGAACAUGUACGGUCUGGAUGGUGAAGAGCUGUUCUUCGCAGACUUUGAAGCAGGGAACAUAGUCGAUCCUCAGCCUGACUUCAUGGAUCAUUUUAGUGUCAGAGAUGCUUAUCAAGGUGCUGUGGGUAACAGAGAGGUCUGCAAACACAACCUGGAAAUCACUCGUAAAGCCUUCAAAGACUACAAACCAGAGCGAGGUAAACACACACACACACACACACACACAUACACACACACACACACACACACACAGACACACAAACACACCCUCACUUCUGUCUGAAAUAUUUCAGACCUCUAAAUUGAAUUUGAGAAUCUCCUUAAAUGAAAGUGAAAUAAUUAAAAUAAAGAGUUAAAUAAAUAAAUGAACUUCCUUUGAUGUUUGUUAAAAAUCCAGAAUUCAGUCAUUUUGAAGUCAAUGUUUAGCUCGUCAACGUUACGUCUUCGUCGUGGAAUAAAAGGGAAAUAUUUUAAUUGACGAAAACAACCAGUGUUGUUCUCGUUGACGAAAAUAUUUGACGAAAUAUGACGAAAACGACACUGCUCUCAUGAGAGGAGAUCACUGUUAGCAUUGAUCAUAGUGAUCAGCUGACAGAGCCCUCAGCAGCUUUACUUCCUGUCUUGGGCUGUUUGUCCUGUUGAAUGCAGCAUCUGUAUUAACUCCACAGUGAUAGUGGAUCUCAGAAACUCAGAGCUCUGAGUUUCCUCCUCCCUGAACUUUGAAGAGUCCCGGCUCUUUGGCCUGAACUGUUAUAGACUCAUCAUAAAACAUUUCCUCGUGUGUCAGUCGGUUACAACAUGAGAUCCUGCCGUUAACAUGGAGCCAGCUCCAGAGUGCUGUGACACAAAGGAGGUAAAUAAGGAUGAGGCUGGUAGAGCCCGGGCUCAGCUGAAGGACAGAUGUUUGUUAAGACCUGGUCGGAUCUCUCUGGACAAAAAGGACACCCAAUAUGAUGGCCUGACAUCUGUGGUCUGAACUGGGUUUGGUUCUGGUUCAUAAAAAUGGAUGUGACCAGGUUUUCAACUUAAGCUUUGAAUAAACUGUCAAAGAUGUCAUAAGGUUGUAAAGGAAACGACAUCAAUGUUUGACGUCUUCAACGUUAAGAUGAACUAACUCAAAUGACCGUGUUCAUGAGAAUGACAACAGAAUGAAAUAAAAAUAAAGUCGGGAUCAACAAGUCUACGAUUUUCUCCUGUCUUCACUCCUGAUUCUGGACCUUAGCUGAGGUCACGUGAUAUUCAACAAAACUUCAUGAACCAGGACAAAGGUUAAACCCUGUAACAGUAUUUAAAAUAAUGAAACAAUAACAAUGUGAAUCAGAUAUGACCAAACCCAAUGAGAAGACAACUUUUUAAUUAUUAUAAAAGUUUAAGUUCUCAUGUUGUCAUGGCAACUGUUACUGUUUGUACAAUGUCCCACCCGUUCUGUCUCAGAUCAGCCCGCCCUCCCAAAAAGUCUUACUCAGGUCCAUGAACUGGAUCAGUCUCUAUUCUAACUCAGAUAUUUAAGUGUCCAGGUUUGAUGCUGCUCUGAAAAUGAAAGAGUUCCUGCAGAGAGAACUUGACCCAAACACUUUCUGUGGUUACAGACCCUCCGUCCAGUCCCAUCGUCUACCCCAAAGACCAGCUGGAGCUCGGGGAGAAGAACUCCCUCGUCUGUCAUGUGACCGGCUUCUACCCGGCUCCUGUGACCUUCUUCUGGAGUAAGAACGGAGAGAACGUGACUGAAGGGGUCACCAAGAACGUCCCCCUCCUGAACACAGACGACGGAACCUUCAGCCAGUUCUCCAAACUGGAGGUCACCACCCAGGAAGGAGACGUCUACAGCUGCUCUGUGGACCACCUGACCCUGGAGAAACCGCAGACUAGGAUGUGGGGUGAGAGCGAGAGUGAGAGUGAGAGAGAGAGAGAGAGAGAGAGAGAGAGAGAGAGAGAGAGAGAGAGAGAGAGGGAGAGGGGUCUGACUUUAGGAACGGGGGGAGAGAGAGAGAGAGUGUGUGUGUAUAUCUCAGUGUGUAUAUCUGUGUGUGUAUCUCUGUGUGUAUAUCUCAGAGUGUGUGUGUGUUGUGUGUAUAUCUCAGUGUGUAUAUCUCAGAGUGUGUAUAUCUCAGUGUGUAUUUCUCAGUGUGUAUAUCUCAGUGUGUAUAUCUCAGUGUAUGUCUCAGUGUGUGUGUAUCUCAGUGUGUAUAUCUCAGUGUGUAUAUCUCAGUGUGUAUAUCUCAGUGUGUAUAUCUGAGAGUGUGUGUAUCUCAGUGUGUAUAUCUCAGUGUAUGUCUCAGUGUGUGUGUAUCUCAGUGUGUAUAUCUCAGUGUGUAUCUCAGAGUGUGUGUGUGUUGUGUGUAUAUCUCAGUGUGUAUAUCUCAGUGUGUAUAUCUCAGUGUAUAUAUCUCAGUGUGUAUAUCUCAGAGUGUUGUGUGUAUAUCUCAGUGUGUGUAUCUCAGUGUGUAUAUCUCAGAGUCUGUGUCUGUUGUGUGUCUGCAGAGGUGAAGACGGUCCAGCCCGGUGUCGGUCCUGCUGUGUUCUGUGGACUCGGUCUGACUGUCGGCCUGCUCGGUGUUGCUGUUGGAACCUUCUUCCUCAUUAAAGGAAACGAGUGCAGCUGAUUGGUCGGGGCUGAUGAUGUCAUCAUCACCUGUGUUGUUUAUUAUCUUGUAUUAAACGCAGCUGUUGUGUGUGUGUGUAAAGCGUCUCCAUGGAAACAGAAAGUGUUGAAUAAAGCUUCAGUGAGUGACGUCUCUGUCUCCUGGUGUUUACUCUCAUCAGUCUGACUGAACUCUGCUGUUUGGAGGUUUGAGGGGUUCAGACCGUACCAGACCUCUUUCUCUAGACUCUGAUCAGACUCCCCUCCUGAUUCUUACUGCUCGGCUUUAGAACCACAGAGAAGGUCCAGACUGACCUCAGCACUGACCCCAGGUCUAGGGUAGUCAUCAGUUGCUCCAACGUUGUUCCAGAUCCUUCUAGCCAGCCUGCCCAUCCACAUGUGGUUGAUUACUUCAGGUCCUCCAGGUUCAGUCUUCUGAACCGGCCUUGGGAAUGUAAAAUCAGAAAACUACAAUCUGAUAAAUAGAAAUGGUUUACUUCGUAUUAUGUCUGUGAAACUAUCACAUGAGUCAUGCUGAUGUAAUCCAGUUUGAUGUUCUGGGGAACAUGAAUAUGUUCUGUUCACAGAGGGUGUGAGGCCAACAAGGACAAAAAAUCAGAACAGCUCAAGGACUCCCAUAUGUCGAAGCAGAAACAAAAGUAAGAACACAGCCAAGUGGACCUGAGGGUCAGGUCACUGAAGCAGACAGUUACAGAUGAAAUCACUGUGAAGAAUGCAGUAAAUUUAAAGAGGACACUGAUUGUGCAGAAAAAUGAAUUCCUGUUGUUUAUGGUUGAGGUUAUUAACUGCACUGCGCAAACUGAGACCAAGGCAGAGAGGAUCGAGAUAAUUGUGCAUUUUCAGGUAAAUAUCUUGGAAUUAAAGAUCUUGGCUGGAGGGAAGCUGAGGAAAUGUUCAAAGCAGAGAAGCCCAGUUCACAAACAUCUACAUGGAGUGGUUCCUCUUCUAUGGAGCCAGAUCAGGCUCAAAAGUAUUGAAAAGUAGUGUAAGUGAAAAAAUAAAAAGUGAAGUGAAAAAAUAAUGAGAUAAUAAGAAAAAUCAGAUUUGAACCUGAAAAAAAUUAAAUGGUACCUGAAAGUCUUGAAUUUCAAAAUUGAACUUUGAAAAAUCCCAGAAUGCAUGAAAAAAAUCUGUUCAAAUGUAACUUUGAUUCUGUUUUUAAUACUUUUGAAUAAAUUACUUAUUUCUUUUUUUCACUUCAAUGCAUAUUUCGAUCUUUGAGUACUUUUUUUUUUUCGAUUGAAUUUUAUUUAUUUAUUUCAGAUUCAGAUCUUAUUUUUACGGAUUCAAAACUUUUUUUUCGGUUUCAGAUCUUCUUUUUUCAGAUUCAACUUGAAAAGUUUCAGGUUGACUUUUGAGCCUGUUUUUCCGUGGGGGCGGGCCUCGACUGAGAGGGGCGCGGUCUGCCAUGAGUGACAGGCCUCCCCCUCCUUCCCCACCCCAUCACCCUGCGUUCAGGAAGUGGCAUGAAUACACAUUAGCUUAGCCUACGAUUAGGCUGUAUUGGCUGAAUGAGAUCGUGUUGGUUCGUUCCACUUUAGUGGUGCAAUACAAACUGUGAUUCAUUAAAAAGCUCUAUUGAUAGUAAGUACUAAAAAAAAUAUAUCUACUCAUGUCAUCCUGUCGAUUUUUAGUAAUCAGUGUUUCGGUGUCGAACUAUUUCCUUUCUGCGGCGUAGUGAUACUUGCACACGUGCAAUCGAAUAUGCAGAGGGGUGAAGCGAUUUUUGUCACGUGGAUCAAUAGGAGCCGAGUCUCGUUGCCAUAGCAUCAGAAAUACACAAACAUGGCGACGACCGCAUCUCGCAGCGAGACAAGCGAAGAGGAAGAAAAGAAAAGGAACAAAAGAAAACGGCCUUCAAAAGUGCACAAAAAGGAGCGAAACAAUGCUAUAUGCAUCUAUCAUCUGUCCAGAGUGAAGACGUUCUCGACUUUACAAGGACACGUUGGGAAACUUACAGAACUAGUAUUGGAAAGUGGCUUUCUCUACACGGUGAGACUAAGGACCUUGCAGAAACUUUUAAACUUUGCGUUGAUAUCGACUUUGACAAUGUUCCUGAUGACGCUGGGUUUCACAUGACAUGCUACAAGCGAUUUAUUUGCAAAAGGGGUUUGAGAAACAAGAACGUGAUGCAGUCGCAGGUCAGUCAAACCCUUAGCGCAGCAUCGCCGAUGCAUCCACGUCCACGGCAUCUGAAACUCCGCGAAGAAACUUCGCUCGAGGUCAUAGGCUGUAUUGGGACAAAGGAAAAAGUGCCUAGAAAGUGAAUCUCGUUCAAAUACGCUGGUGCUACUUGUUCAAUGCAUUUUUGCAUAGACAAUACCAUUCAUCCAUACCAUCCGCGACUGCAUCAUGUUCUUGAGCAGCAUCAUAAGUGAGAAGGAGGACACAGGGAACAUAAACCAGCAGUCUGGAAAAUAAAGACAAGAGAAUCUAAUCAAGGUGAGGUUAACACAUGAGGAGCAGAGUGAAGAAGACAAAGACGAUAACAAAAAAAAAGCAGGAAAUGACAAAAAUGGAGAAAGACAGACAGGUAACUUGUCAGAGUGGGUCAUACAGGUGUUACAGGGACACACACCUCUGCUGAGUAAGACUCAGAAACUUCCGGACACCACAGCACGAGCAGUUUAGAUGAGUCUGUGUGCUGAAUUUGAUUACUUUCAUAUACACUCACCGGCCACUUUAUUAGGUACACCAUGCUAGUAACGGGUUGGACCCCCUUUUGCCUUCAGAACUGCCUCAAUUCUUCGUGGCAUAGAUUCAACAAGGUGCUGGAAGCAUUCCUCAGAGAGCUUGGUCCAUAUUGACAUGAUGGCAUCACACAGUUGCCGCAGAUUUGUCGGCUGCACAUCCAUGAUGCGAAUCUCCCGUUCCACCACAUCCCAAAGAUGCUCUAUUGGAUUGAGAUCUGGUGACUGUGGAGGUCAUUUGAGUACAGUGAACUCAUUGUCAUGUUCAAGAAACCAGUCUGAGAUGAUUCCAGCUUUAUGACAUGGCGCAUUAUCCUGCUGAAAGUAGCCAUCAGAAGUUGGGUACAUUGUGGUCAUAAAGGGAUGGACAUGGUCAGCAACAAUACUCAGGUAGGCUGUGGCGUUGCAACGAUGCUCAAUUGGUACCAAGGGGCCCAAAGAGUGCCAAGAAAAUAUUCCCCACACCAUGACACCACCACCACCAGCCUGAACCGUUGAUACAAGGCAGGAUGGAUCCAUGCUUUCAUGUUGUUGACGCCAAAUUCUGACCCUACCAUCCGAAUGUCGCGGCAGAAAUCGAGACUCAUCAGACCAGGCAACGUUUUUCCAAUCUUCUAUUGUCCAAUUUCAAUGAGCUUGUGCAAAUUGUAGCCUCAGUUUCCUGUUCUUAGCUGAAAGGAGUGGCACCCGGUGUGGUCUUCUGCUGCUGUAGCCCAUCUGCCUCAAAGUUCGACGUACUGUGCGUUCAGAGAUGCUCUUCUGCCUACCUUGGUUGUAACGGGUGGUUAUUUAAGUCACUGUUGCCUUUCUAUCAGCUCGAACCAGUCUGGCCAUUCUCCUCUGACCUCUGGCAUCAACAAGGCAUUUCCGCCCACAGAACUGCCGCUCACUGGAUAUUUUUUCUUUUUCGGACCAUUCUCUGUAAACCCUAGAGAUGGUUGUGCGUGAAAAUCCCAGUAGAUCAGCAGUUUCUGAAAUACUCAGACCAGCCCUUCUGGCACCAACAACCAUGCCACGUUCAAAGUCACUCAAAUCACCUUUCUUCCCCAUACUGAUGCUCAGUUUGAACUGCAGGAGAUUGUCUUGACCAUGUCUACAUGCCUAAAUGCACUAAGUUGCCGCCAUGUGAUUGGCUGAUUAGAAAUUAAGUGUUAACGAGCAGUUGGACAGGUGUACCUAAUAAAGUGGCCGGUGAGUGUACACUGUGUACACAAUUAUUAGGCAAGUGAGUAUUUUGAUCAUAUCCUCAUUUUUAUGCAUAUUUUCCAACUCCAAGCUGUAUAAACUUGAAUGCUUAUUGGAUAUAAGCAUAUCAGGUAAUGUGUAUUAGUGUAAUGAGGGAGGGUGUGGCCUAAGGAGAUCAAAACCCUAUAUCAAGGUGUGCAUAAUUAUUAGGCAGCUUCUUUUCCUCAGGUAAAAUGGGCUAAAAAAGAGAUGUAAGUGACUCUGAAAAGUCAAAAAAUGUAAAAAGUCUUUCAGAGGGAUGCAGCACUCUUGAAAUUGCGAAGAUAUUUGGGCGUGAUCACAGAAACAGCAAACAUUUUGAUGCAAAUAGUCAACAGGGUCGCAAGAAAUGUGUUAAGAAAAAAAGACGCAAAUUAACUGCCAAAGAUUUGAGAAGACUCAAACGAAAAGGUACCAGGAACCGCUUAUCCUCCAGUGCUGUCAUAUUCCAGAACUGCAACCUACCUGGAGUGCCCAGAAGUACAAGGUGUUCAGUGCUCAGAGACAUGGCCAAAGUAAGGAAGGCUGAAACCUGACCACCACUGAACAAGACACAGGUCGAAACGUCAAGACUGGGCCAAGAAAUAUCUGAAGAGAGAUUUUUCAAAGGUUUUAUGGACUGAUGGGAUGAGAGUGACUCUUGACAGACCAGAUGGAUGGACCCGUGGCUGGAUCAGUAAUGGGCACAGAGCUCCACUUUGAAUCAGAAACCAGCAAGGUGGAGGCGGGGUACUGAUAUGGGCUGGUAUUAUUAAAGAUGAGCUAGCUGGACCUUUUGGGUUAAAGAUGGACUUAAAAUCAACUCCCAAAUCCACGGCCAGUUUUGAGAAGACACUUUCUUCAAGCAGUGGUACAGGCAAAAGUCUGCAUCUUUCAAGAAAACCAUGGUUUUUAUGCAGGACAAUGCUCCAUUGCAUGCAACGAAGUACUCCACUAUGUGGCUCGCCAGUAAAGGCCUUAAAAACGAAAGAAUAAUGACAUGGCCUCCUUCUUCACCUGACCUAAACCCUGUUGAGAACUUGUGAGUCCUUCUUAAACGGGAAAUUUACAGUGAAGGAAGACAGUACACCUCUCUGAACAGUGUCUGGGAGGCUUUGGUUGCUGCAACACAAAAAGUUGAUCGUCAACAGAUCAAGAAACUGAAAGACUCCAUGAAUGAAAGGCUUAUGACUGUUAUUGAAAAGAAGGGUGGCUGUAUUGAUCACAGAUUUUUUUUUUUUUAAAUUUCAACAAUUUUUAUUUGUAAAUUGAGUUGUUUGUUUAUCAUUCUCACUUUAACAAGUGAAAAUAAACAAGUGAGAUGGAAAAUUUUUCAUUUUUAAUUUAGUUGCAUAAUAAUUCUGCACACUAAUAGCUGCCCCCAAUAAUUGUGCACACAUAGAUAUUCUCCUAAGGAAGUCAAAAUCUCACUUUUACUCCCUUAAAUAUUCCGGUUUGAGGUUUAUUAACAUUUUAGAUUGACCGAGAGCACUGUAGUUGUUCAAAAAUAAAAUUUAUCCUCAAAAAUACAACUUGCCUAAUAAUUGUGCACACAGUGUAUAUGUUGUAUUUAAAUGUUUAAGUGUACUUUCUUUUCUUAUUUUUAAAUAUAUUUUGUUUUCUCAUGAAUCAUUGUUGCUCAGUAUCGUAAUUUCAGCUCUAAGAAGCACUUUGAACCGUACAAAAGAGUAUCAUGGCCAAAUAACAGGAUUAUUUUUUUCAUUUUUAUAAAAAGAGUAAAGCCACGGAACCAAACAACAGUUAGCCACGUAAUGCUGUCUUAAAGGUGAUGUCUUAAUGUACAGUCCUGUUACAGGACUCAUGUUCCUCAUCUUGGUACAGGCAGCUGGCUGCUCACCACUGAAUUCUCAUAACCAAAACGACGUUAACCCUUAAUGAGAGUAGAACUUUAUCUCAGUUAUAUCUGUAUGACUUUAAUCUCCCAACAUCACAAGUUGAUUUUCUCAUAUGACUUUACUUUCAACUUUACUCUUGUCAGAUAACUUAAAAUUAAACUUAAAAAAAACUAAAACAUUCUCUGAUACGGCCCUGAUACUCUGUUGUAGAGUUAUACUUAGUUUGAAUGGUGCGCCAUGAAUGAACUUACCACAAAUAACAGUGACAGAACUGAGGAGCAUGACUGAGUUAGAUAAAACCUGACAGACAGAGACGGCGUCCAGUGUGUAACCAGGUCUACGGGUAAUUGCUUUCUAUGUGUGUGUGUGUGUGUCUGUGUGUGUGUAUCUGUGUGUGUGUGUGUGUCAGUGUCUCAGCAGCAGACCGUAGUCUGAGUCGUCUGCCUGGUAACAGCUGCUGAUUGGCUGAUUUAAUGAGGACUUCUGGUUUUUAGAGCUGCUCUCAGUCAGAGUGAGUUUCAGUCGGUGAAGACAGCAGACCAAGAUGGCUUCAACUUUUCUCAGAGUCUCCCUCCUCUUCAUCUUCAUCUUCAUCUUCAUCUUCAUCGGCUUCAACAGCACAGGUACGAUUAACACACACCUGAGAGAUCUAUACACACACCUGAGAGAUCUAUACACACACCUGAGAGAUCUACACACACCUGAGAGAUCUACACACACACCUGAGAGAUCUAUACACACACCUGAGGGAUCUACACACACACAUCUGAGAGAUCUAUACACACACCUGAGAGAUCUACACACACCUGAGAGAUCUACACACACACCUGAGAGAUCUACACACACACACCUGACUGAUCUUGUGUGUUUCUCAGAUGGAUCAAUGCAACUUCAAGUGACCCGUUGUGAGUUUAACUCCACUGAUCUGAACGACAUCGAGUACAUCUACUCUCAUUACUACAACAAACUGGAGUUCCUCAGGUUCAGCAGCAGUUUGGGGAAAUAUGUUGGAUACACUGAACUCGGUCUGAAGAAUGCAGAGCGCUUAAACAAUGAUCCUUCAGAGCUGAGCAGGAGGAGAGCUCAGAAGUUAAUCUGUCAAGAACAUACAAAGGCCUACUACAGUGAGACCGGGCCUCUGUCUACAUCAGGUGAGUUUGUGUUUUGUCACACAGCAUCUCUUCAUCACUGCACUGAUUUACUGAGCCCCCCCCCCAAAAAAAAACUGAACUCUGUUUGUUAACAUUACAAAGUCAUAUAUUCUUAUACUUACACACUUUAAAAUUCACAGUCAGCAGUAUUUUAAAUGUAAGAGCAGUUCUCUUUCUCACUGUUCAUCAGAAUUUGAUAUAACAUCACCGUUCUGAUAUUUCAAUAAAACACUCUCAAUCGAUUAUGAUUUCCAAUAUUUGAUCAGUUUCUAUCAGAAAAAUCUCAAACUCUCCAUCAGAGGAAGGAACAGGUUUAGUCCUGACACAGCUCUCUGUCUCCACCUGUUGGUCUUACUGAGUUACUAGUUAUUAAAAAUCAGCUGUAAUAUUUCCGUACUAAGAUAUUUUUAACUUUUCAUACUCCUGGAUCAUAACAAAAACCAACUCCAGGUCCGACCAGAGGCACUCUGUAAACAAAAAAGUAACUGAAUUCAAAUUUCAUCCAUUCAUAAAUCAUCGUAAAAAAUAAGAAAUAAAAUGUAAAGGUGUGCAAACCAAGAAGCUUCAACAGUAAACCUUCUGUAGACCCAUCUCACUGCCUGAAAACUCUGAAAAAGUGCAGAAUGAAUUGAGGUAUAUUCCCCCGAGGUUGUUGCCCUCCUUUGUGUUGGUGACUGUUCAUUUCUUAUACUCUGAACACAUGUGGAAAUGUGAAGGUCAGAUCCAAAUGUGCAGUGACGGCUGAUUUCAGAAAUUUAACACUUAAAACAUACUCUCUUUUUUUUUUCAGAGAUUGGGGUUUAUCUAGACAUUCUGGCCUGAGUGUCAGCCUAUCAGCCACCUUUCACCUGUUAGCUUGUUGAAUUUCAUUUCCUGAAAUAAUGUCCAUCCUCAGUUUGAACCCUAAAUCUAAGUCCAGCUCCCCUCAGUCUCUCCCUUUAUUGGCUCUGUUAUUAAUGUCACUGAUCUGACUGUGUAUGCUGCAGCUGAGCCCCACGCCAGGCUGCACUCUGAGGCGCCCUCUGGUGGUGGACAUCCUGCCGUGCUGGUCUGCAUCGUCUACGACUUCUACCCCAAACAUAUCAAAGUGACCUGGAAAAGAGACGGGAAGGAGGUGACCUCUGGGGUCACUUCCACUGAUGAGAUGGCAGACGGAGACUGGUACUACCAGAUCCACUCCCACCUGGAGUACACACCCAAGUGAGUCCACAUCCAGGUUUGGGAGAUGUGAGUCUGACCUCCUAGACCAGGUCUCUUGAGGAUCACAGAACCUCUGAUGUGGUUUUUUUUUGUUGGAGCAGGUCUGGAGAGAAGAUCACCUGUGUGGUGGAGCACAUCAGCCUGAAGGAGCCUCUGGUCGUGGAAUGGGGUAAAGACCUGUCCAUCCUACACCUGUUCACCUGUUCACCUGUUCAUCUGUUCACCUGUUCACCUGUUCACCUGUUCAUCUGUUCACCUGUUCACCCUUUCACCUGUUCACCUGUUCAUCUGUUCACCUGUUCAUCUGUUCACCUGUUCACCUGUUCAUCUGUUCACCUGUUCACCUGUUCAUCUGUUCAUCUGUUCACCUGUUCAUCUGUUCACCUGUUCAUCUGUUCACCUGUUCACCUGUUCAUCUGUUAACCUGUUCAUCUGUUCACCUGUUCACCUGUUCAUCUGUUCACCUGUUCAUGUGUUCACCUGUUCACCUGUUCACCUGUUCACCUGUUCAUCUGUUCACCUGUUCAUGUGUUCAUCUGUUCACCUGUUCACCUGUUCAUCUGUUCAUCUGUUAACCUGUUCAUCUGUUCAUGUGUUCACCUGUUCACCUGUUCACCUGUUCAUCUGUUCACCUGUUCACGUGUUCAUCUGUUCACCUGUUCAUGUGUUCAUCUGUUCACCUGUUCAUCUGUUCACCUGUUCACCUGUUCAUCUGUUCAUCUGUUCACUUGUUCACCUUCCUCUCACCUGUCUGUCCUCAGACCCGUCCAUGCCUGAGUCUGAGAAGAACAAGAUCGCCAUCGGGGCCUCAGGACUGAUCCUGGGUCUGAUCUUAUCUCUGGCUGGAUUCAUCUACUUCAAGAGCAAGUCCAGAAGUAAGACCAGUACACCAUAGUCUUAGACCAGUUAGACCAGUACACCAUAGUCUAAGACCAGUUCAGACCAGUACACCAUAGUCUAAGACCAGUACAGACCAGUACACCAUAGUCUAAGACCAGUACACCAUAGUCUUAGACCAGUUCAGACCUGUACACCAUAGUCUGAGACCAGUACACCAUAGUCUAAGACUAGUACACCAUAGUCUAAGACCAGUUCAGACCAGUACACCAUAGUCUAAGACCAGUUCAGACCAGUCCACCAUAGUCUUAGCACAGUACAGACCAGUACACCAUAGUCUAAGACCAGUACACCAUAGUCUUAGACCAGUACAGACCAGUACACCAUAGUCUUAGACCAGUACAGACCAGUACACCAUAGUCUAAGACCAGUACACCAUAGUCUUAGACCAGUUCAGACCUGUACACCAUAGUCUGAGACCAGUACACCAUAGUCUAAGACUAGUACACCAUAGUCUAAGACUAGUACACCAUAGUCUAAGACCAGUUCAGACCAGUACACCAUAGUCUAAGACCAGUUCAGACCAGUCCACCAUAGUCUUAGCACAGUACAGACCAGUACACCAUAGUCUAAGACCAGUACACCAUAGUCUUAGACCAGUACAGACCAGUACACCAUAGUCUUAGACCAGUACAGACCAGUACACCAUAGUCUAAGACCAGUUCAGACCACUACACCAUAGUCUAAGACCAGUACACCAUAGUCUAAGACCAGUUCAGACCAGUACACCGUAGUCUAAGACCAGUACAGACCAGUUCACCAUAGUUUAAGACCAGUACACCAUAGUCUUAGACCAGUUCAGACCAGUACACCAUAGUCUUAGACCAGUACACCAUAGUCUAAGACCAGUACACCAUAGUCUUAGACCAGUUCAGACCAGUACACCAUAGUCUUAGACCAGUACACCAUAGUCUAAGACCAGUACACUAUAGUCUUAGACCAGUACAGACCAGUACACCAUAGUCUUAGACCAGUACACCAUAGUCUAAGACCAGUUCAGACCAGUACACCAUAGUCUUACCCUCAACCUCCACCACAUCCUGAUUGUCUCCUAAAAGGUCGUAUCCUCCGAUCGUAGCUGAUCGUAACCAUUCAAGUUAACGUGUCAAUUUACACCGACUUCUUUCCGUUCCUCUGCGGAUCGCCGGACUCCUCAGCUGAUCACAAGAGUUCUAUUUUUUCUGGACGCCAGAGCAUGGCGGGUAAAUUCAGCACAGAUUAACCCGUGCUGGAAAGGAAGUCGGGCACAGACACAAAAAUUGGCACAAAGAAAAGCAACGUAAUGAAAUUCGUCUCACAAACAAAUCUGGUAGGAAUUGGUGUACGGUGAAAAUUGCUGCCAUUCCAGUUCAAAGCCAUCCCGGACGCAGUGGAAAUUGAAAUUCGACCAGUUUGGACCAGUACACCAUAAUCCUAGACUAGUACAGACCAGUUUAACAGCUGUGUUGUCCGUGUCUCUCUGUGAUUCUUUCUGUUUUCUUUAAUUGUAGGAAGGACUUUGGUUCCCCAGACUGACUGAUCCUGGUCCUGGUCCUGGUCCUGGUCCUGGUCCUGGAUGGAGGAGGAAAAAUCAGCUUCCUGUGUUUUCAGCUCAGCAGACUGUCUCUGCUGCCACCUGCUGGACUGGCUGAACACCUGAUUCUCUGCUGCUCGGCUGCUCUGAACCCUGGUCCAGGAGUGUUCCUGGAUCAGGUCUAGUCUGGAUUGUGGAUCUGGACUCUGCUUCCUUUACUGUUUGAUGCUUUAGAGUGUGAAUCGAUAUUUGACAGGAUCAAUAACCCUGCUGUUUGAUCAGAUAUAAUCCAGUGGUUGGAGGGCUUUGGGGCUGGUAGGAUGUGAUUUUGAGAUGUUUCUGUUUUUACUGGGACUUUUUCUGACCUCAAUAAACCUUCAGAAAACUUGGAGUGGAUUUAUUGAUCAACUGUGGAUUUGUUGAAUGAAAGCGGUCUCAUGUAUUGAUCAGUUUUUCCUGAUACAGUCAGUCCUGACUCCAGAGUCUGCUCUGAUGAACAUGAUUGGCUGAGCUGGACGGUCUUUCCUCUCAAACCGCAGAGAAAGAGUUUUCUACGUAAAGGUCAAAGGUCUCCGCACCGACAUGUCCUCACAGGACCAGAGUCAUGAAGAUCUAGUACUUUCAGAGUUCUAGUUCUGUAAUUCCCUGAACUAUUCUGUUCGAGAGUCUAGACCUGGUCCAGGGUCUUGAUUUUCAGCAUUACAGGGGUCAUGGUUUCUGUUUGAGGUGUAACUGUAGACCAAGGAGUUCUGACCAAUCACGCCACAACAUCAUGGCGCCUCACAUCACUCGUUGGUCAUCUGGUUAUUGUUCUCUAAACUGAGUCCUGAUCAGAAGAUCUGGAUAUUAAGGGGGGGGGGGGGGGGGGGCUGGGGGGGUACUGGGGUUCACUUCAGGUCCUGAUACCUCACUAACUCCAUGUUUAAUACCUGAAAACUCAGAGUAACCCUCAAUCUCCACCUUAAUCCUGAUCGUCUACUAAAAGGUCGUUUCCUCCGAUCAUAGCUGAUCGUAACCAUUCAAGUUAACGUGUCGAUUUACACCGACUUCUUUCUGUUCCUCUGAGGAUCGCCAACUCUUUUUUCUGGACGCCGGAGCAUGGCGGAUAAAUUCAGCACAGAUUAACCCGUGCUGGAAAGGAAGUCGGACACAGACACAAAAUAAAACAUCCGGCUUCUUUUCAAAAUAAAACACUCCGUGUUUCAGGAGGAUCGUAUUUCACACCAUGCAAACGGGCGGAGACGAACAAGUGAAAGGUUUUUAGACGUCAUUUCACCCCGAUGACACCAUGGAUGAGGAGAUGCUGAUUCUAGAAGUCUAGAAGUAGAUUUCCUCCUCUGGAAGGACACAAUCUACUGCUUAUAUGGUUAGCCUCUGUGGCGAAAAACAACUACAAUUUCAACAACUCGUAUGAAUCUGCGGGUUAUUUUUAAUUCUUGCAAUUCCCAGUCUCCGUAAUCCACCAUGAAAUCCGCCUCACAAACGAAUCCGGUAGGAACUGGCGGACGGCGAAAAUCACAGCCGUUCCAGAUCGGAGCCGUUUCAGAUGCGAUGAAAAUCUGGCGUUAGGGUCCCUCUGGAUCGACUGGUCUGAGGUGACCCUAAAAUGUGGGAUUUAUUAGCUCAGAUGUUCUCAUGACGGCAAAGCUGUGUAAAAAGUAACACCCACAAACUGUGUUGAACUUGACGAGUUUCAGGCGGAAUCGUGUUGAAAUGAGACACAUGGAUCAGAUUUAUAAAGGAUGUUCUCGGCUGUCGAUCAAUCAGAACGUUUACACGACACUUAAGCAAACCGAACUAUUGCCUUACACCGAUUAAGACUGGACAACUGAAGUGCAUGUAAUGACCUUAGUCUGACUAUAAGGAGAACUCGGAUUGGAGUUGAAGAACUCUGAUUAAGACACCCAGAUAAUACGAUUGGAAUUGAUUCUAGAAGUAGAUUUCCUCCUCUGGAAGGACACUAUCUACUGUUUAUAUGGUUAGCCUACAUGGCGAAAGACAACUUGUUAUCGUGUGAUUGGACGUGAAUCCGCAGGGUUCUUGUUAGUUCUUGCGAUUCCAGCUGUCCGUAAUCCGCCCUGAAAUUCGUCUCACAAACAGAUCUGAUAGGAAUUGGCGUACGGCAAAAAUCACUGCCAUUCUGGAUCGGAGCCGUUCCGGAUGCGGUGGAAAUCCCGGGUAAGUGCUGUGACAGUUUCUGUACUUGAGGACCACACACCUCUGAUGAUGAACGAGGGCGAUGGGAGCAGGUGGAGGUUUGGAUCACCUGAGGAGUUCCUGAUCUGCAGAACCACCCAUUCACCAUACAUCCGAUCAAUAUGACAGGAGGCGCACUUUGCUGUGGAGAUUCCUCAUCACUCAUCAGUGAUUUUUCUUCCCCUGGUGACCCAUGACACGCCAGCAGCUCGUCUUCUGAUUGGCUGUUGAGGUGGAAGUGAAAGUAAACAGUGGGGACUUUCCACAAACUGCUGCUGCUGCUAUGUUCAGGUGCUGCAGGAAAUCUCACGCUCCUCACUGAAGCUGAGUAUUAAAGCUGAUCCUGAGCGUCAGACACAAACACUGAAAACUCCUGGUUUUAGUGGGACACUUGAAGGCAGCACUGGUCAGACUGGUUUUUGUGGGGAACGGAGAAAGAGGAAACAGACAGUCAAAGUGUCCCAGUUUAACAAACAAAAACCAGAGUCAGUCUGAGGUCUGGAGGUCCUCACUCUCUGUUCUCUAUCAGGUCAGUCAGAUGAGGACUCUAAAGUCCUUCAUAACUCAGAGGUCCUCAGGUGGGUUUAGUCGAGACACAGACCUGAGACAGAAGUGAGAGGUGUGGUUCUGGUUCUGUCGGGUCACUGUGGAUCUGGAUGAUCCUAAAAACCUGUUUCUAGGUUGUCUUACAUGUUUUUAGUCUUCUGGGGUUUUUUUUUUUACAAAGUUUGUUUCAGUUCAACAGAAACUUUAAAAAUAAUUAAAAGUCUUUUAUUCUGAAAAUCUCCAAGUGACAGUGAAGGAUUAAAAGUUUAUUUUGAAGGGUGGACACCAACAGGUGAUUGAUUAUUGAUCAGGUUGAUCUGCAGCUCUCUGUUCAACAGUUGCUGAGAGCAGCAGCAGCACACUGCCUCUACCUGGUAACUGAUGAUGUCACAAAACCUGAUUGGCCGUUCAGUUUUUAGAGCCAGCUGCUCACUGAGUUCCUGUUAGUCCUCCUCAGACCAGUUCAGAUCCUCAGUGUCUCAGACCGGCUCAGGUGUUCUCAGUCUCAGUCUGGUUCAGGUGUUCAGAGUCUCAGGUAGGUCAACUUCUUCAGGUCUCAGAGGAUGAAGAUGAUCCUGGUCCUGGUCCUCUCCUGUGUCCUCGGUGUCUCAGCUGAUGGUGAGUUUGUGACUCAUUUUAAACCAGAACAUAAGAACACACACACACACACACACACACCCACACACACACACACACACACACACACACACACACACACACUAACAGGUUCUCUGUUUUCUCCUCAGACCUUCAUGAGGACAUUUGUCUCAGUGGUUGUACUCAGACCUUUGAUGAGUACAUGUUCGGUCUAGAUGGUGAAGAGCUGGCCUUCGCAGACUUUGAAGCAGGGAACAUGGUUUACCCUCAGCCUGACUUUGUGGAUAAAGCAGAGUACAAAGAAGGAGUUUAUCAAAGUGCUGUGGCUAACAGAGAGACCUGCAAAUACAACCUGGAAAUUGAUCGUGAAGCCUUCAAAGACUACAAACCAGAGCGAGGUAAACACACACACUCCCUCACUCUCUCUCUUUCUCUCUCUCUUACACACAAUCCCCCACCCCCUCUCUCCCCCCUCUCUCUCCCCCUCCGUCCCUCAGCUCUUGUCCUCUCACGUUGAGUUCCUGCAGAAUUCUCCAACAGCUCGUGUUCCUAAAGUCAAACUGUCAGAGAUAACUGUGCUGACACCCCCACCCCCCCCUCUCUUUCUGUGGUUACAGACCCUCCGUCCAGUCCCAUCGUCUACCCCAAAGACCAGCUGGAGCUCGGGGAGAAGAACUCCCUCGUCUGUCAUGUGACCGGCUUCUACCCGCCUCCUGUGACCUUCUUCUGGAGUAAGAACGGAGAGAACGUGACUGAAGGGGUCACCAAGAACGUCCCCCUCCUGAACACAGACGGAACCUUCAGCCAGUUCUCCAAACUGGAGGUCACCACCCAGGAAGGAGACGUCUACAGCUGCUCUGUGGACCACCUGACCCUGGAGAAACCGCAGACCAGGAUGUGGGGUGAGAGCAGACCUUCUUCAUAGACAGAGGGGGGGGAGGGCUGUGUCUCAGUGUGUAUUUCUCAGUGUGUAUUUCUCAGUGUGUAUAUCUCAGUGUGUGUAUAUCUCAGUGUGUAUAUCUCAGAGUGUGUGUUGUGUGUGUAUCUCAGUGUGUGUAUAUCUCAGUGUGUAUAUCUCAGUGUGUAUAUCUCAGUGUGUAUAUCUCAGUGUGUAUAUCUCAGUGUGUAUAUCUCAGUGUGUAUAUCUCAGUGUGUAUAUCUCAGUGUGUAUAUCUCAGAGUGUGUGUGUGUUGUGUGUAUAUCUCAGUGUGUAUAUCUCAGUGUAUAUAUCUCAGUGUGUAUAUCUCAGAGUGUUGUGUGUAUAUCUCAGUGUGUGUAUCUCAGUGUGUAUAUCUCAGAGUGUGUGUCUGUUGUGUGUCUGCAGAGGUGAAGACGGUCCAGCCCGGUGUCGGUCCUGCUGUGUUCUGUGGACUCGGUCUGACUGUCGGCCUGCUCGGUGUUGCUGUUGGAACCUUCUUCCUCAUUAAAGGAAACGAGUGCAGCUGA